CGAUUUCCUUGAAAAUGCAGAAUCCUGUCAAUCAACUAAUUCAAAAUAUUUUAGAACAAUUUGUAAAGCCUUCAGAGGAUUUUGGCGUUAUAAGAAGCGUUUCGACCUUCAUAAAAGUCCACAGCGAGAAGUUAACUCUCCUAGGUGAAGUAAGCUUUCCGUCCAAACCGGAAAUUUGGUUUAAUCACUUCAACGAUUGUAGGCAGAAACUAAACGAAAAUAUAUUUCAUAUGUUAAAGCCUAACAAUUUUGAAAGCGACGAACAAAAAUUACAUUUCCUUCAAGUUGCUGCUACAUGGGAUUUACCAGUGGAAAGAUUAAUUGUCAAUCCGGAACGUUGUCAUGUAUAUUUGAAACGCACAGACAUAAUAAAACGAACUAUUAGCCAUAUACUUACUGAUAAAAACUAUGGUCAGUUAAAGAAAUUGGAAAAACGUUACGUGUACAUAGAACCGUUAGAGGAAGACACAAGAGUGCUACAAGAUUUGUCAUCGUAUCGCAUUAAAUUGUUGUAUAACGCUUUGCAAAAUGUCCUAUGCUAUUCCAGUUGGACCAAAGUAAAUGACUUGAGCUUUAAACAAUGCUUACAUUUGAAAGUGGAAAGUGUAAGAGCAAAGGACGUACAAGGUUUACAAGGAACCGCAGUUGUAGCAAAAUGCGGUCUUGUCGUUGAUCCUUUAAGUAACGGAGGCUUGUGCAAAAUGCCUGCCACGGAAUAUUUGAAUCUACGCUCGAACGAUAUGUAUUUAAUGGCACAGCAUAAGUAUGGCGUACGUGUCAAACAGGACGUACGUUUUUGUGCUUUAAUGAAACGCUUAGGCUCCGCUGCUGUUUCUGUCGACCUACUAGAAGUUAAACAUAGCAGCCCGGUCAAAAUAAUUCGAUGUGGUCAAAGCAGAUCUAAAGGCGCCUCAUUCAUAUUUUACAACUCCGCUAGACUGGAGUCACUUUUACGUUCAUUUGACGAACGUGUAACCAAUGGAGAUUACGAAUCUUUGCCACCGUUGAACUCCGUCAAUUGGGAGCUGCUAAAUGAAGAGAAAGAAUGGGAGUUGGUUUUCGUUUAUUUGAUCGGGUUUCCCGAUUUAGUCGAACGCUGUUUAGAUCAGUUAGAACGUGGAUUGUGCGCAAUUCAUCUCAUUACACGAUUUUUGCAUAAGAUGGUAGGCGUUUUUAGCAUUUACUAUCGUAAAACUCGUAUAUUAACGGAAAAACGUGAUCACUUAAUGCCAACUCUUUAUGCUCACAUCUACCUCAUUAAGGCUAUCAGGGAAGUACUCAAUAAGACUUUGCUCCUCUUGGAUAUAGAACCGGCUGAAUUUAUGUAACUUUUGUCAGUUUAUUUUUUAAAAUUGGAUGCUUUUAUUUAUUCUUGUCUCUUACAUAUCACAUUAAAUUUACUUUAAAUUGCUAAUAAAACAUUUCCGUUAACUAUAAAUAA